GAAUUUUAAGAAACUCAAACGAAAAGAACAAGUUCUUAGUUUUGUUCGUUUGGGAAGUUGGAACUUUGGUUGAUUGUUGGAAAGACAAGGGAGGGCCUUGAGGAUUCUGGUCGCUGAAGCUCUUUGCUUCUUUGGGGUAAAAAUGGCGGAUCAUUCUGUUGGUCCCGCCAGUUUCUGGACUCAAGCCAAUGCUCUGCUCAGGAAGAACUUGACUUAUCAGAAACGUAAUAUGAUGACGAAUGUUCGGCUGAUUUUGUUCCCGUUUCUCCUGUGUUUGUUACUUGUACUCAUUCAAUCAUUAAUCGACAAUGAAUUGGACAAGCCCAAAUACAGAUGUGGUUGUGUAUGCAUUGAUACUAAUGCAGAUGGUACCUGUGAAGAAGUUUGUGGAGUUCAAUAUUCAACUUUGGAACAAGCUGCCAGUUGCCCAAUUGAAAGCCCACCCGAAUGGCCUCCUUUGUUGCAAAUGCCACCUCCCGAGUUUCGUGCAGUUAGAACCAGUUUUAAUCCAUUUAUGGACUUACCGGACGAGUCGUGCAGGCGAACGGGGACGUGUCCGGCAACUGUACUUUUCACUGGAACUAAUCAAUCUCUUGGAGAAAUUCUGGUUGGAAGCAUGUUCACAAAUUCAUUCAAUCUGGAUUCAAACAAUGUUUCAGAUAGUCUAGCUUUUAAUGUGGUGGGCUCUAGCACGAUGACAGAAAAUAACAAUUUUCUGGAGCCAGCUUUUGCUUCAAACCUUCCUUUGUAUAAUGUGCAACUGCAGUGCACGGGAAACACUUCUCGGACUGUUUCUGUUCCUGUUUUGUCGGUCGAAAAGCCACAAGAGGUUAUAUGUGCUCAAGGCUUACAUUUGUGGCGCAACAGUGCAUCUGUGGUCAAUGAUGAAAUGUAUAAAGGAUUUCAUAAGGGAAAUUCAGAGGGGAAAGUUAAUGAAAUCCUUGCAGGUUUUGAUUUCUUAAACUCAAAUGCAAAUAGCUUUAAUGUGAGCGUUUGGUAUAAUUCAAGUUUCAAAAACGACUCUGGGAAUUUUCCUCCGGCAUUACUGCGUGUUCCACGCUCGGUGAAUCUGGCAACCAAUGCCUACCUUAAAAAUUUGGUAGGACCAGGUACAGAAAUUCCUUUCGAGUUCGUCAAAGAAAUGCCAAAGGCGGGAUCCAAGCUCAGGCUCGAUCUAUCCUCUUUGCUUGGCACUCUUUUCUUUACCUGGGUCGUUCUGCAGCUUUUCCCUGUUGUAUUGACAUCAUUGGUUUACGAGAAGCAACAGAAGCUGAGAAUCAUGAUGAAAAUGCACGGCCUUGGCGAUGGGCCUUAUUGGUUGAUCUCUUAUGCAUAUUUCCUUACAAUAUCUGCCAUUUACAUGCUAUGCUUUGUGAUAUUCGGCUCAGUUAUUGGGCUAAAAAUUUUCACCUUGAACGACUACAGCAUCCAAGUUGUGUUUUAUUUCCUCUAUAUAAACGUGCAAAUCUCUUUGGCUUUCUUAACUGCAGCAUGGUUCACAAAUGUAAAGACUGCUGCAGUCAUAGCUUACAUACUCGUGUUCGGAACGGGGCUCUUAGGUGGCUUCCUUUUUCAGUUUUUCCUUGAAGACCCAUCAUUUCCAAAUGCCUGGAUCAUAGUAUUGGAGUUAUACCCUGGCUUCGCUCUGUAUCGUGGAUUAUACGAGUUUGCACAGUAUUCCUUCAAUGGAAACUUUAUGGGGACUGAUGGAAUGCGAUGGGGGAACUUGAGCGACGAAUUUAACGGGAUGCGAGAUGUGAUGAUUAUCAUGGUUGUAGAGUGGUUGUUGGUAUUUUUGGUUGCAUAUUAUGUAGAUCAAAUUUCAUCCUCUGGUGGUGGGAAAAGUCCUCUAUUUUUCUUGAGAAGGUUUCGGAAAAAAGCUGCGGCAUCGUUUCGGUUGCCAAGUUUGCGAAAGCAAGGUUCUAAAGUCUUCGUUCAGAUGGAACAACCGGAUGUCAUUCAGGAGAGGGAGAAGGUUGAACAGUUAAUACUCGAACCAGAUACGAGCCACGCCAUUGUGUGUGACAACCUCAAAAAGGUCUAUCCAGGAAGAGAUGGAAAUCCUGAGAAGUUUGCUGUAAAAGGUUUAUCUCUUGCUGUUCCUCGAGGGGAGUGCUUCGGCAUGCUCGGUCCCAAUGGUGCAGGAAAAACCUCAUUUAUCAGUAUGAUGAUUGGCCUCACAAAGCCGAGUGCUGGCACGGCGUUUGUCCAAGGUCUGGAUAUACAAAACGAUAUGGAUAUGAUAUAUACCAACAUGGGUGUAUGUCCACAGCAUGACCUGCUAUGGGAACAACUCACAGGAAGAGAGCACCUACUUUUCUAUGGUAGACUUAAGAAUCUACGAGGCUCCGCACUAACUGAAGCAGUGGAAGAGUCUUUGAAGGGUGUCAAUCUGUAUCACGGAGGAGUUGCUGAUAAACAAGCUGGGAAGUACAGUGGGGGAAUGAAGAGGAGGCUCAGUGUUGCUAUUUCACUAAUUGGAGACCCCAAAGUCGUUUACAUGGACGAACCGAGCACUGGGCUUGAUCCAGCUUCAAGAAACAGUUUAUGGAAUGUGGUGAAGCGCGCAAAGCGAGAUCGAGCUAUAAUUCUUACCACACAUUCCAUGGAGGAAGCAGAAGUCCUCUGCGACCGAUUGGGAAUCUUCGUAGAUGGAAGCUUGCAGUGCAUAGGAAAUCCUAAAGAGGUACUUAGAAUAAUGUCCCAAAAGCUUCAAAAUCCUCAAACCUAUCUGAUUGGCUUUACUGACAUGACUCUUGAUACGUACUUGAAUUGUCUUUUCCAGCUCAAAGGUAGAUAUGGAGGAUCUUACGUAUUCACGAUGACUACAUCUGCGAAUCACGACGUCGAUGUCGAGGAUAUGGUAAAGCAUCUGUCUCCCGGUGCUAGUAAGAUCUACCACAUUUCUGGAACUCAGAAAUUUGAACUGCCGAAACACGAAGUCCGAAUCGCUGACGUGUUUCAAGCAGUUGAAAAUGCAAAGAGUAGGUUCGCCGUCUUUGCUUGGGGUCUGGCUGACACAACAUUAGAGGAUGUCUUUAUUAAGGUUGCACGAGGAGCACAGUCGUUCAAUGUUCUUUCAUGAUGCUUGUCUCUCUUUCAUUCCACGGACAUGUUUGUCUUGUUAUCUAUAUGUUUGAAUGUGUAUCAGUUCUUUUGAGAAUUUAUAUGUAUAGUUCAUAUGACAGUAUUAUUUCUUUGCCUGUUGGAUACAUUUUGUAAAUUAAGAUUGUCUGUAGAAACAUGUUGGUUAGAUGGCAUGGAGC